UACACUGGAACCGUCACAUCGCUGGCCGUUGCGUCUGGUAGGAUUUCGUUUACUCUCGGGCUCACCGGUCCAUGCUUUCCGAUUGAUACGGCAUGUUCGGCAUCUUUGGUUGCUUUACAUGUAGCAGUCGGUGCCUUGCGCAGUGCAGAGUGUCCUCUCGCAUGUGUUUGCGGCGAAAAUCUUCUUGAACAGAUGAUAUUUGCCGCAUUCACAAUCGCAGGGAUGCUUUCUUCGCGCGGUCGCUGCCACACGUUCGAUUAG